AUGAGCUUCUUCGGUAACAUCGCAUCAAAAGCCGGGGGGUUCGCGGGAGGGCUUGCGAACCGCGCGCUCAACUACGGCCCCAGAGAGGACGACCACAACAGACUGACCGAGGCGCUCGCGGCCUCCGAUGGAGCUGCGGACCCCGAGGCGCGUGCAGCGGCCGUGGGGUCGCUCGCUGCGCUGCUGGCGCGCAACCCCGGGCUGCACGCACGGUUCGCGGAGGAGGGCGUCCCCCUCAUGCUGACGAUCCUGCACCAAGAACACGACGAUCCGAAGCUGCCGCGCGCCGCCCUGAGCGCGCUGCGGGCCGCUAUGCCCGCCAGCAGCGCGCCGCACCCACCCAGCAACCACAGCCACUCCGCGGACGCGGCGCCGCCGGGGGAGGGCGAGGCCGUCGUCGGGGGGCUGCCCUCCACGCCUGGCGGCGGAGACGUCGCCACGAGGCUCCUGUCAGACCCGGCGGCCAUCCAGGCUCUGUUUUCUACCAUUGAAAACCCCCCCGUGGGCACCAGCGAUCCCGGGGCGCUCGCCGCCGCCCUCGAGGUGCUGACGUGCAUGCUGGCGGCGCAGCCCGAGGCCGCCCGCGGCCAUUUCACGAACGCCCCGCCUUCGCUGGUCCGCGUCGUUGCGAUCGCGACCUCGCCCGCGAUCGCGAACGGCGGCGCGCAGCCGCAGGCCGCUGCAUGCCUGGCGAGGGCAACCGAGGGCGCUCCGCAGCUGCAGAGCGCAGCCGCGCACGAGGGCUGCCUCGAGCUCCCUCUGGCAGGCAUCGAGGGGUCGGGCGGACUCUUCGCGAACCCGAACGCGUCGUCUCUGGCGAUGGGCGCCCUGCGAUCGCUUUUGAACGUGUGCCCGGACGCGCAAGGCAUACUGCACACGUCAGGCGGGCUGUCGCGGCUCAUGGCGCUCAUCGCCGGCGCCGUCGAGCUGGCGCUGCCGGGGCCGCAGGGGCUGGGGAAGCCGUCCUCGAAGCAAGCUGCAGCGCUAUGCGCCGCGCUCGAAGCCCUCGAGGCCGCUCUGUCUGUCUGGGAGGGGGGGGAGUCGGUUGUUGCCACCUCGCAGGCCGCGCUUGCGCAGACCGGCGCCUUCGUCCCGCUGAUGCGCGCCGCGGCCGAGGCCGGCGGGGUCGCGUCGUCCUCUGUCCGGGCCGCCGCGCUGCGCUGCGUCGCGCUCGCGCUGUACUACAACGCUGAGGCGCGAGCUUCGUUCGAGGUUCUUCAAAUAUCCGUCCCCGGGCCCAACAGGGCGCCGCUGCCGGUCCCGGCGCUGCAGGCGUGCCUGCGCGCUGCCCUGUGGGGGGAGUCGCCGGGCGAGUGCCGCGCGGGCGAGGCCGUCCUGGAGCUGUACUGCCUCGCGAAUCCUGAGGGACAGGAGCAGCUGGCACACUCGCUUCACAAGAGCACCGGCUUCGGCGCAGAGCUCGUGCGGGCCCUCGUCGGACGCUCUGACGACGGCAACGAGGCGAUUCGUCUGGCUGGGCGCGCGCUGCGGGCCUCUGCUGCAGCGGCGUCCGCGUUGGCGGUCGUGGUGUCUUCCUGCGGGCCUGCAGCCACCGCCGCGCUCUCCUACUCGCUGCGCUCCCCGAACCUCCCCCCGGAGUGGGACACCCUCAUUCCGCGCGUCGUCCAGCACACGCUGUCCUCGGCGCUCGCGGCCGGCCACGACGGCGCGCCCUCCGCCGCGCGCAGCCUGCGCCUUCUCAUCUCCUGGUGCCGGGCCUGCCCCGCCGCGCGCGCCGCACUCCUCUCGUACCCGGACCACCUCCCCUUCCUCGUCGACGCCUUCCUCGCCUCCUGCAACAUCGACGCCCCCCCGGGGAAACAGGGCCCGCGCGCCUUCCACGCCGGGGACGGGCCAGUGCCGGGACUGAUCGCGGUUCUGCUCGCGACGCUUGCGUCCCCGACGCUCCCAGGGUCCGAUCCGAGCGAUUCUGGGGCGCUCGAGCGCGGCGUGGGCGGCACCGCGGCCCCGAGCCCGGCGGACGUGCUGAGUGCUAUCUGCACACGUGCCGGGCUGCCGGCGCUGUUGUCCGCGAUGCGCGCGCUCGACGCGGACCCCGCGGUGGAAGAGGCGCUCAACGGCGGGCCGGCGGGCGCGGUGGAGAGCGGCGGGGGGGGGUUCUUGUCGUCCCUUCUGCGCGUCGGGCGCGGACCUGCAGCGCUGACGGAACUGGGCUCCGCGAUCGGGUGGGCGUUCUGCUACGAGCUUCGGGACGCGCGCGAGGCCGGAAUGGCCGCGUUGAGCGAGAUGUACGCCGCGGGCGGGGCCAGGGACGCACCUGACGCGGCGCAACCACCUCGGGGUAUAACUGGGGGGCGAGUUGGCGUUGAGGACCCCGAGCAGCUGGAUGUGGUGCGGGAUCUGCGUGCGGAGGUGGCGCGGCUGCAGGCGCAGCUGGCGGCGGAGCAGGAGGCGGCGGCGGCGGCGCGGGGGGACGCGGAGGCGCUGCGUGGCACCAUUGCGAGGAAAGAACGCGAAAUCGAGGCGCUGAAUGCGCACGCGCUGACUGUUGCGGAGCAGGACGGCCUCGCGGCGAAGAAGUCGCACGAGGACGUGGAUGCGGCGAACGCCGAGGCGGCGUCGGCGCGGACGCGAGCCGCGGCCGCUGAGAAGCGUGCGCAAGAGCUCGAGGUGCGGGCCUCGGAGGCGGACGCGCGUGCCGCUGCCGCGGAGGACCGCGCCGCGCAGGCCGAGGCUCGCGCGGCGCAGGCGGAGGAGCGCGCGGGAGAUGCGGAGGCGGCACAGCAGGAGGUGGAGGCGUCCAUGGAAGACCUCCUGGCGUGUCUCGGGCAGGAGGAGGCGCGCGCGGAGACGCUGGCGGAGCGGCUGCGCGAGCUCGGGGAGGACCCCGACGCGCUCACGGCGCACCUGAUGGAGGAGGACGACGGCGGCGGGGGGGAGUAG